AUGGGGCGACCACUAUGGCUGCACAUCAGUGCUCUGAGCCCCGAUGAAUACGAAGCAUAUCCCCCUGCACUCGACGACAUCGCCAGCAUUGGCCAGGAUGGUGCGAAGGGGGACUGGGAAUCCCGAAGUGUUUCACUGCUCGUUGCAAAGGGUUGGAUGAAAGGCCGUUACCGUGAUCAGCUGGAGGGAGAUGUAGUGGACAAGAUUCUGCGCUACUUCUAUCCGGCCCCGGCCCAAACAGACUGCCUUUCAGCCGGUCAAUUUUUUGCUGCACUGCGGCUGAUAACUCAUGCUCAACGUGGACACGCGCUCGACAAGUCACUCGUUUUCAUCCAAGCUCGAGUGUCAAACGAUAGCAAUGGCCGGACAUCGCCACACAAGGCCAAGUCGCUCCACAAUCUUCGUUCUGUACCCCCAGCUCCCAUUCGGCCUUCACCCGUUCGGCCUCUGCAGCUCGCGCCUGACGAACCCGCGCCAGGCUCAGAUGAUCGAUAUGCUCCUUCCGGAUUCGGUCCUUCUCCAGUCCGAGGAGAACCUGUGCUCCCAAAGUCUGCGCCUCCAGGUGGCUCUUCGAACCCAUUCAGACGAACGCUAUCUACUCCCGGUGACACGACACCCAAUCAUUUUGACAUACCUCCUAUGCCAAGCUUGAACCCCGCUCUAGUUGCGGAAGCACUCGCGUCGAGUUCGGCGCUCAUGGAUGAGGAAGGGAGCCCUAUCCGGGACAAGCCCGCAACUGGACUCGGCCGUUCGUUGAGCACCAAGACCGCCCCCGAAUCACCUUCCAACCCCUUCCGACGCUCUUCUCACUCUCCUGCUCCACCUCCGGUUAGAUCUCAAUCACCACCAUUACUGCCCCGUCGUCCACCUCUUCCACCACCCCGCGAUUCGACUGCUCAUAUGCUUCCGCCCCCACGCCACCCUCAACAGCCAACCAAACCGCCUAAACCAUCUGCAUCUUCCAAGCCCAAGCCUCCCCAAAUGCUUCCAGCGGGUGGGACCCCAUCUGAGCUCAUCAAGCAGUCCCUUCGCGCCGCAAAGGGAGCUCAGCGUGCGAACGAGACGAGCCUGGAAAAGCAGCGAACGUGGGAAGUAAUCAAAAGCAGUACGCACGGCUCGUCUAAUCCUAGCGGGCCCGGUGGGGUAGCACAGGCUUUUGCGCAGUUGACCGCAUCGAAUUUACGUUCGUUGCCCCACGCGCCACAUCCGCCACCUGGACCUUCGACCAACGCCUCGUCCUUGGAUCGCGUAGCGGCUGCUCGUCCGGAUCCGGUCCCUGCUUUACCGCCUGUACCACCCAAACCUGCGUCGCACCAUGGCCAUUCGCGCGGGGCGAGCACGAGUCGGCCGGUCGAGACUCCUACUCCCGGAAGACCAGUUCGGUCCAAGAGCUUGCACCAUUCUCCGAGCCACACACCACCCAACGAUACGCCUAUCCAGCCUCCGCCGCGCCGCAGGCCCGAGAGUAUUCAGUUUACGGGCGGGCAGGUCCCCAAGUCACGAGCAGAGUCGCCUUCCCCCAACCCGCUUUCGCGCCGGACGUCGGUCCGUUCGCAAACGUUUUACGAUGAAGUGCGUCGUCGCGCCGGAGAACUUGAACCUCGAUUGGAUGCUGUUCGUGCCAAGGCCGAGGGGAAACUUUCGAGUAAAGGGUACAUGACCCGACGGGGCAAAGGAGAACAAGGUGAACCGUUGGUCGAUUUGGACGACGAACGGGCGAGCGUUGUUAGUGGUGGGGAUGUAGACUGGAGAGAAUGGGAUCGUGAUGACGAUGCUGCUCGACGGUUCCAUUCAAGUCCGACGAGUGGACUGUCAGUAGAUCGGGACGAACCGACGUCGGAUUAUAAUACGAAUGGAUGGCGACCGCUCGCGGGAUAA